GGAAGGUUUCAGUGACAGACUUAUUUUGCCUCAAGACCCAAUGGUAUAAAUUCCAAGUGCCACAUUAUAUAAACUGUAGAGGAAGCAAUGGCUGCAGAUAACACCUCCAUGCAGGAUCGUUUGUUUGUCACAUCAUGUUUCCAUUUGCCGGAUCCCGAUUUCGACAAAGUUUCAGAACGUCUCACCAUGAACCUUGUAACCGCUAUCAUCAACAUUAUUGCCUCUCCUUUCGCAGUGAUAUCCAAUUCUUUAAUUGUCUUUGCCAUCUUCACCACUUCUCGUCUACGAACGCCCUCAAACCUUUUCAUCGGAUGCCUUGCUCUCUCAGAUGUCUUUGUGGGCCUGGCAGUCCAACCAUCUUACAUUUGCUUUAGGCUCAUGGAAAACCAGCAUCGUUCGGUCCCUUGCUUUGUAAGAGUUAUAUAUUCUAAUUCUUUCUUUGUUUGUUGUGGAGUGUCCUUCAUGACUCUAAGCGCUGUGACUUACGAGCGUUUUGUGGCCGUUCGACUUCGAACGAGGUAUAACGACGUGUUUACAGGAAAACGCGUUCUUAAGUUUAUGGCAGCCAUUUGGAUCCUGAAUAUCUUAUUAACAAGUCUGCAGUGGGCAGGAAUAAACCAAAUCUCAAGAGAGAUUCAUUUCGUCUUGUGGCUUCUCUGUCUUCUUGUUUCCGUGGUUGCAAGCAUUGGAAUCAGUUUGAUUCUGCGUCGACAUCAUCGUCAAUUACACUGCCACAGCACAAUUUUCGAAAAUAUCCGAAAACAAAGAGAAUUGAACCGAACAAGAAAUAUCUCAUUUAUCGUUGGGGUUUACUUGUUGCUUAACAUGCCUCUUUUGUUCAUAAAACUGUAUCGCCAUAUUUUGAAACAGGACAUCAAGACUUAUAACCAUUACAGCUGGACAGAAACUCUUGCUUUUCUUAAUUCAUGUACGAAUCCGUUUCUCUGUUACUGGAAGGGCCGUCGAAUUCGACAAGCAGUUAUAGCGAUACCAGAGAGAAUUAGCCGUCACUUGUUGAUUAGCAAUGAAAGAAUGCAUAGUACUAAAUGCAACAGUAAUAGCGCCAGGCAUAUGGUGAAUACAGAGGAGGUGACAGUGGCUGUGCGAUCAAUGUAAAUGCAACAAGCAAAAGAUUCCGGGCGCUUAUAUCGACAAUCUUCGAUUUGAAAAAAAAAAAAAAAUCAGCAACAUCAAAACGCUCCAAAAAAGCUCGAAAACUGAAAAUGUGAUUCAAAAAUUCAAAUUGUAAAUUUGAGAUUCUCUGCUCUUUGAAGUAUGGUUGCCAUGGAAAAACACAAUUGUC